GGUUGUUGUCAAACAGUGGCCAAAACAAACCCAAAAACAUCAUUUCUCGGGGAAAGCCGUUCGCACUUGCAUUUCACGAAAAACUCCCCUUCCAAUGGCCGGUGAAGUGUUGGUUGAUGCAUUGCCGUACAUCGAUCUUGGCUACGAUGAUCCUGGCGUGCGGGAAGCGGCCAUCGCCAUGGUGGAGGAAGAAUGUCGCCGCUAUCGGCCGACGAAAAACUAUCUCGAGCAUCUACCCGCCCUCAACACGACCGCGUUCGAAACGGAACUAAUGGCGGCCGAAUUCGAGCGCAUCCAAAACCGGCUGCCGAUGGAACCGCUGAGCAUGAAGCGGUACGAGCUACCUCCGCCUCCAGCCGGCAAAAUGAACGAAGUGUCCGCCUGGAGCGAAAGUGUGGACAAUUCGAUGGCCCAGCUGGAGCAUCAAGCGGUGCGCGCCAUGAACCUCGAGCUGAUGGCCGAGUAUGGGUGCGAGAUGUGGAAGUCCUACCUCGAAACGUUGGUCACCAUGCAGGCCAAGUGUCAGGCCCGGCUGGCGGAGGUAAAGAAGGAGAUACAGGACGUGAACUGGGCGCGCAAGACGAAGCAAACGCAGGGCGGCGAGAAGCUGCGCACGCUGGAAGCGCAGUGGGUGAUGCUGGUGUCGAAGAACUACGAGAUCGAGCAGGCUUGCGCCAAGCUGGAGGAACAAAUCUACCACAAAAAGCGACAAUCGAGCGCACUGCGAGCGGAGGGCAGGGCUGAAUGAGCUGGUGGAACGAUUAAGCAUAAUAAUUAUAAUAUUAUUUUAGUUUUCUCAAUUAAAACGCUUCAUACUUCAAUUGGACUUGAUUUAAAGAUUUGCACGAAAUAUUUUACACGCUUUUUACACAUUAUUUUCUUUGGCGGGAAGUUUAAGUGUCUGUAAAUGCGAUUCUAUUGAGAUCUUUACACCACAACGACAGAAAUGUAUAAAUCUAUGGCUAAAAUAGAUCAUCUGAGAUAGAGAAACCGGGCAGAGGCAUGCAGCACCUCUUAUAAUCCCUCCGCCAUGCCAUUUUCUCCCUAGCACUAUAAAUGUCUGUAAAUAUAGAUCCAUUUCAAUUUCA